AUGAGCAACGCAGCGACCUCAAGCAAGCGGUGUCCUCUGCCCGUCGAAGAGGACUUCUCGCCCAAACACUCAAAGGUAGCACAACUUCUGACGGAGACACCUGAAGGCGCCAACGCCUCAGCCGUAUCUACGCCAGCUUCCGAGAUGAUGCCCUCGUCCGAGAUUCCAUCGACGCCUCUCAUCGGGCCAGGAACGCCUGACUCUGAGGGCGAGCCUAUUGUUGCUACCUCGACCGUCACCACCACCAUCUCGAACCAACGCGGCAGCGGCUCCUCUACCGUCGAGUUCCAGCACAUCGGUGCGAAGGGGCUCUCGCAUCGAAUCGACAAGGAUGGUGCCAUUCACCUCAAGCCAGUGGCAGCCUCGUCCAAGUCACGCAAGAAGAUGCGUGCGGUCGUCAGCUUCAAGCCUCGAAACAGUCACUUCGACCGCUUCAACGAGACAUCUUCACGCGAUCAAUUCCGAGGCUUCUUUACUCUCUUCUGGGUCUGCCUAGCCCUCUUCGUCCUGAACACUUCCUACACCAGCUGGAACAGCACCGGUCAAGUGCUCAGUAUGACUUUUGCGACUCUCUUCAGCGAGGACGCUUGGAUGCUGGCGCUGUCCGACGGUGUGCUCAUUGGCUCCCUCUUCAUCUGCGUUCCUUUCGCUAAAGUUUGCCGUCGAGGCUGGGUCCGCUAUUGGCCAACUGCCGUCGUCUUUCAACAUCUGUGGCAAACGGCCUUAUUGGGUCUUGUGAUCAAGUGGGCAAGGUACAGAGAGUGGCCCUGGGUGCAGAGUGGCUUCUUCGUCCUCCAUACGCUCUCCAUGAUGAUGAAGAUUCAUUCGUACAUGAACGUUAACGGCAACAUGGCUGACACCUACCACCGCAUGCGCCGCAUCGAGACCAUGCUCGAGGAGCGUGUAGCGGAGGUCGAAGGGGCCGAAGCUGGCAGGGGCGACGAACAGCUCAAGGCUGCAUGGGGCAAAGCGGUCCGACUAGCCCGACAAAACGCCGGUUUUGCCAACGAGAAGGACUCUGUGACGGCACAGAAGCUCUCAGAAUGGUCUUCGCUGAAGAGCCAGAGAGGAAGCAGUUCAAGUCGACAGAUGCUCGGACAGAAACUCAAUGCAGUUUCCGACGAUGCCACUGAAGCAGCCGCGCUCACCCUCCAGGAUCAGACACAAGAAAACGGAGAGGACAAGGAGGCUGCCAAGGCGAGCCAGAAGAAACUCACUCGAGAAGAGCACAUGCAGCUGCAUAAGGAGAAAUCGGAGAAAGACAAAGCUGAUCGCAAAGCGCAUAAUGUCGACAACUCAAAGGACGAGAAGCUCAGUCGUCGUCGUUCGACUUCUCGAAGCGCUGCCAGCGGAAGUGACUCGCAGUCGCACCAAAUACGUGAUCCUCACCCUCUUUCUUCGCAUCUUGACAAGCUCAUCUCGGAUCUGGCCCGCGAGAUCGAAAUUCUUCGCGAAGACCUCCUUUCUGCCCGUCCUUCACCGGAUCCCUCAGGCGAGCUCAUCCCUCAAGAUCCUGUCAUGUGGCCUGCGAAUGUCACUUAUGCUAACUUCUGGGACUACCUUCUCGUUCCCACACUCGUCUACGAGCUCUCUUACCCCCGUCUCAAGACGAUUCGUCCGCUCUACGUUGUUGAGAAGACCCUUGCUACAUUCGGGACCUUCUUGGUCAUCUACGUCAUCACCGAGCACUGGAUCAUGCCCUUCACCCCGACCGCUGACACUCCCUUCCUCCGUACAUUCCUCCAACUGGCAGUGCCGAUGAUGAUCAACUACCUCCUCAUCUUCUACAUCAUGUUCGAGUGCAUCUGCAACUGUUUUGCCGAGCUGACACGUUUUGCGGACCGCGAGUUCUACCUCGACUGGUGGAACGCUACCAGCAUGGACGUCUUCAGUAGAAAGUGGAACAAGCCGGUGCACUCGUUCCUCUUAAGGCAUGUGUAUGCAAGCACGAUUGCAGCUUGGGGCUUGAGCAAGAGCAUGGCCAUGUUCUUGACUUUCUUGCUGAGCUCGUUGGUACACGAGCUGGUCAUGGCGAUUGUCAGUGGCAAGAUCAGGUUCUAUCUGUUCGCAGCACAGAUGGUGCAGCUACCAUUGAUCAUUAUCAGCCAGAUCCCAUUCAUCAAGCGGAACGAGACGCUGGGGAAUAUGAUCUUCUGGAUCGGACUCAUGGCCGGGUUCCCAUUGCUCAAUAUCGGGUAUCUUGUCUACUAA